UCCCAAAUCUCAAAUCGUUCCCAAUCUUUCAUUAUUGCUGAGAGCGCUCUUCCACCGGCUCCGCUCAUUAAUUUAACUCACCGUCUCUUCUUCUUCUUCCUCCUCUUCCUCCUCCUCCUCCUCCUCCUAUUUCUGGUUCCUCUCCUCUUCUUCUUUUCCUUCCUAGCCGUCGUUUCAUUUCUGCUCUUCUUCUUCUUCUUCGUCGUCGUUAUCGAUUGAUCAUUUGAAAUCGGAUGGAGAUCGCGGUUGCGUCGAGCGCAGGCAAGAGGGACCUCGUCACGCUCGAUCUACUCGGCGCUGAAGCCUCCUCGAAAGAUGUGGAUUCUGCUGCUCUCAAGAUUGCUCCUUUCGCAGAUCUCUAUCCGCUGGACCUCAAUCUGGGGACCGCGGGAGGGCAGGGCGACGCGGCGGGGACGACGGUGCGUGGGUGCCAGAGCGUGUGUACCAUCGAGAAGGUGAAGUGGGCGCUGGAGCGGGUGGCGGAGCGGGAGACGCUCUGCGGGCGGGAGGAGGAGCGGAGGAGGGACGGCGGAGGCGAAGGCGGCGACGGCGGAGGAUCUCCCUCGCCGUCCUCGUCCUCGUCGAUCACGACGGCGUCGAUCAAGCGGCGGCGCGAGGGAGGGGAGGAGGAGUGGGCGGACGGAGGCGACUCAGCCGGGGCCGGCGGGAGCCUCGUCGCCACCGGAUGCCCCAGCUGCCUCUCGUACGUUCUGAUCUCUAAGGGGGACCCGCGCUGCCCCCGCUGCCAUUCCCUGGUCGCGCCGCCGCACCCGCCGCAGCACAAGAAACCCCGAAUCACCCUGAACUUUUCCCUCUAGACCCCUAUUAUUUUCGGUUAUUACGUGAUAAACUUUUCUGUAUUUUGUAAAAAGGAACAGAAGUAUCAGUAUUUUAAAUUUCUUCUC